UCAAAGGAUUCGCCGAUUUGCUGAUUUGGUGGACUGUAGCAGAAUCUUUGAGGAAGACAGUCUUAAGCUGAAAUCAUCUCACUCUCGCGAGUUAGUUGAUAAGAAGGGUAAGAAGCCUAUGGACAGAGGUACACCAUAUGGUAGGGGAAACCCAAGAGCUGGUAACUGGAGAAGACCUAGUGGGGGAGAUUCUGGUGCUCCCUUUAGGUGCUUCAACUGUGGUGAAACUGGACAUAAGAGGGAUGAGUGCAAGAAAGAAGAGAAGAAGUGCUUUAAGUGUGGCAGAGUAGGCCAUGUUGCUCCUGACUGUAAGAUGAGAACUGUGACUUGCUAUAACUGUGGAGAAGAAGGUCAUAUCAGUACACAGUGCACCAAGCCGAAGAAGAACCAGUCUGGAGGGAAAGUCUUUGCUUUGUCUGGAUCAGAAACUACUCCGGAGGAUAGACUGAUUAAAGAUUAAGGAUGUAGCGGCGUGUGAUUGGGUGAAGAUAGCUUAUAAGCUAGCCCGUAGUUCGUGUCGAGUCAUGCUCUGAUUGUAACACUGGGAUCGAUUAGUCUUAGCGUUACUUGAGAUACUAUGUUGUUAUUUUGUUUAUGGAUUAUGUAUUGAUGAGCUGUUUGGAUAUGCUCCUAACAUUGUUUGAAAUAAGUUUCCGCUGUGAUGAACACAUGUUGAAGUUUGGUUAAUUUUAAUAAAAGCAUGACAAUCGACUUUGAUGUUUUAUUUA